GAGGAGGGAGAUCACACAUUGACUCUUUGCUUUCCGCGAGGACUCUCCUCCAGUUGGAAGAAGCCGGGAAGACAGAGGGACCCACUCAGAUCUGGAGCUACAAAUAAAACCCAGAGGAAAACACACUUCAUUUCGUUCUUUUUCGGUUUGGGUACCCGGUGUUUUCCAGUGGAUUUUACGCAGCGCUAGAGAGUGGAGGCACGGCUGCAGAGAUGAGCGAUGCGCGGUGAAGGACCCCCUCUCCUGAUACAGGGACCAAACCAGGCUGAUAUUUUCUCAAAGAUGAUUGCAAAGGUGGAGCGAUUAGAGAAGGGCUGAUGACGGGACUAUUAAUCCUUUCAGUGCAUCAAAAGCACCAACGGGAAUUAGAAACGCUUGGAUGGAAAUCGGGCGAGUGUUUAGAACUCUUUUUGGUUUUAUAUGAAACUGGUGAUUAGUUCAUCUGCGAGGAUCUUUCUUAUUUCCCCUUAAAGAUUUUAAUAAGGAGUACAUUUCCCCCCCGGAAGGUUGCAUGGUAUGAGCGGUUUCCCGGAGUGAAUUUUCAGAAACUCUCAUCUCAAUCUCUUAUUUCUCUCUUCAAGUAUUCCUAAAUCUAAAUGGAAUUAGUUGAGUCUGAAGCCGCUUGUGAAAGGAACAGACAUGGUACAUGGGCACAGCUUCCAUCACGUUGUUGCAAGUCUUCUCAUACUUGGGUUGUCUGGGGCAACAAGGAAGGAUACAGCAGCGAAGAACAACUCGGGUGUGAAGCCUGCAGGUCAAUGUGGAACGUGGGUGAAGGAAGCAGAAGGAGGGAUCUUCACUUCUCCCAAUUACCCAAACAAAUACCCUCCAACCACAGAGUGUGUUUACAUCCUCGAAGCACCCCCAAGGCAGUGUAUUGAUCUACACUUUGAGGAGAAUUAUUCAAUCGAGUCCUCUUGGGAAUGUAAAUUUGACAACAUCGAGGUUCGGGAUGGACCCUUUGGCUUCUCUCCGAUUCUGGGACGGUACUGCGGCCAGCACAGCCCGCCUGAUAUCAGGAGUAGCGGCCGAUAUCUGUGGAUAAAAUUUGUAACGGAUGGUGAACUGGAAGCCGUGGGAUUUUCAGCAAGUUACAACUUCACUGCAGAUCCGGACUUCGCAGACCAGGGAGUCCCCCCCCCUCUCCCCUCCUGUCAGUAUGACAUGGUGGGUCCAGAAGGAAUCGUAGAGUCUCAUCAGAUCACCAGAGACGGGAAGGCGAGCGCCUCGGAGGCCGUGGACUGUAAAUGGUACAUCAGAGCUCCACCUCGCUCCAAGAUCUACCUGCGAUUCCUCGACUAUGAAAUGGCCAACUCCAACGAGUGCAAGCGCAAUUUUGUGGCUGUGUAUGACGGUGGCAGUUCGGUGGAGGACCUGAAGAACAAGUUCUGCUCCACCGUGGCCAACGACAUCAUGCUGGUCUCCACGCUGGGAGUCAUCCGCAUGUGGGCGGACGAGGCCAGCCGCAAGAGCCGCUUCCGCAUCCUGUUCACCACCUACCAAGAGCCUCCAUGUGAUGCUGACGCCUUCUUCUGCCACAGCAACAUGUGCAUCAACAGCACGCUGGUGUGUAACGGCAUGCAGAACUGUGUCUACCCCUGGGAUGAGAACCAAUGCAAAGAGAAGAGGAAAGCCAACAUCUUGGACAACCUGAACAACACGAACGGCACCAUCAUCGGCGUGACGUGCUGCAUCGUCCUCCUGCUGCUCAUCGUGUCCGUCAUCGUGCAGAUCAAGCAGCCGCGCAAGAAGUACAUCCUGCGGCGCGAGGACUUCGACCCGACGAUGUUCCAGGAGGUGUUCGAGCCGCCUCACUACGAGCUGUGCACGUUACGCAGCGCCACCGCUAACGCCAACGCCUCCGCAGACUUAGUGGACCUGGCGGAGGACUUUGAGAACUACCACGCUCUGCGACGCGCCUCUUCGAGAUGCAUCCACGAUCAUCACUGUGGCUCCUCCUCAAACCCUGGCUCCGCCCACUUAUCCCAGCUGUCUCUCAGUGGGCGAGGAAGCCGUGGGAACUUGAGUCGCGACGCCGCCACGCUGCUGACGGACCUCCCGCAGCAGAACAUGGCGGUGCGCCCCCUGCUGCCGUCCUCUGGUAACAGACGCAGCAUCCUGGUGAUGAAGCACAGCUACUCACAGGAAGCGGCGGAUAACGGAUGCGACAUGGACGACGAAAUGGAGGAAGUUCCCACCACCAGCCACCGGCUCUCCCGCCACGAAAAGGCAGUACAGCGAUACAUCAGACAGAUGCAUCAUUCCUCUGCAUCUUGCCAGCUUUGACAGCAUUCGGAGCUAACCUUUUCUCUCCCAUGCAUCUUGAGUGAACUGAGCAACUUUACCAAUGUAGAGUGUUGUGAUGAGAAAAAUGUAAAAGUAAAAAAAAAAAAAAAAAAAAAAAAAAGGUUUGUGAUGUACGCAAGUUUGUCUUCUUUGCUUUGGGACAGCAGAGGUGCAUUUCCCCCGAAAACCUGCUGGGAAAGACGAGCAGUGGAUACAUCUGACACGGGACUGAACGUGUGUUUUAAAGAGUACCUUUAAUGUAAAGUGGUUCAAAACAGAAUCAGGUUUUUUAAUCAUUUUAUCACAUUGCAGCUGCUGAUUUCACUUUUAUUUCCUAUUCUGAUGUCAUCUCUUUACAGUAGAGUAUCAGGUUGUUUUUAUAUCUAAACAAGAGACGCCUUUUUGAGAAGACGAAGAAACUGAAUGUCUGAAACAAAGUGAUGUUAAACCUCAUAAAGCGUGAUUCUACUGACCGUCCACUGCUGUUUAUUUAUCCCUCUCUCUCUGAUGAAUGUUAUUUACUUUCUCUUUGGUCACACUUCACUUCAUUGUGGUGUUUUUUAACCCCUUUACAUUUGAUUUGAUAACAGAACAUGCUGGAUCAAAUGUUUUCAAUAAACUGAUGUUUACUGAUC